AUGGCUAGUCUAAGAACUUUUGACGCUUUCCCUAAAACGGACGAACAGCAUGUCAAACAUUCAUCCAAAGGUGGUCUAAGCUCGGUACUGACUUAUCUUUUCCUUUUGUUCAUCGCAUGGUCUGAAUUUGGUAGUUAUUUCGGUGGCUAUGUUGACCAACAAUAUAUAGUGGAUGAUCAAGUGAGGGAAACUGUACCUAUAAACUUGGAUCUCUAUGUGAAUAUGCCAUGUAAGCAUAUUCAGAUUCAUGCAAGAGAUAUUACUGGUGAUCGUAGGUUUGUUUCAGAGGACGUUGAAAUGGAAGGCAUGCCAUUUUACAUUCCUAUUGGAACUAGACUAAACGAAAUGAAUGAGAUCGUCACGCCAGAACUAGAUGAAAUUCUAGGAGAGGCAAUUCCAGCACAAUUUAGAGAAUCAUUUCCCUCAUCUGGCGAUGGUCAAGAUAACUUUAAUGGAUGCCAUAUAUUUGGUUCAAUACCUGUUAACAAAGUGAAAGGUGAAUUGCACAUCACGGCACAAGGUUGGGGUUACCGUUCUCAAGCACGCGUACCUGAAGAUCAGCUUAACUUCGCCCAUGUCAUCAACGAAUUAUCCUUCGGAGAUUUCUACCCUUAUAUUGACAACCCAUUGGAUAAUACAGGAAAGUUUUCAGAGAAUAAUGUUAAGGCUUUUUACUACUUCACUGCUGUGGUUCCAACACUGUAUAGAAAAAUGGGUGCCGAAGUAGAUACCUACCAGUACUCAUUGAGCGAGGCAGAAUAUGGACCAAAAAGUAAGGCAACAAGUAUACCAGGUAUUUUUGUAAGAUACCAAUUUGAGCCAAUGAAGAUUGUCGUGACCGAUAAUCGUAUUGGAUUUUUUUCCUUUAUCCUCAGACUCGUAGACAUUUUAGCUUUGAUAAUUUACUCAAUGUCUUGGUUAUUCAGAUUUGCCGAUAGACUGAUAAUCCUUGUUUUAGGACCUAAAUGGUCCCUUCGCUAUUCGAGAGACCAAACGCCUUCUCAUGGUCUUUUGGAAGAUUGA